CUACUUUUCAAACGAUCCCAAAAUGUGUAGCGUUACGUUCGACGCGGACGUGGUUGCUCCACCCAAACACCUGGACGCCCCCUUCUUCGAGGAAGUUCUAGAGACGGCUCUACGAACCGCGCGAGUGAAAUUGCUAUCCAUACAUAUUCGACUAGGCAGCAGCACGGGCGAAAACUACUGCAGUCAGAUUUACCGAGCGAAAGUAUCCUUUAAGCGUCCUGAUCAUCCGGAGCAGGAGAUCGUGUUUAUUGUGAAGAGCAUUCCCCACCUAGAUUCAGUGGAGUUUAUUAAUGAUCUGCAAGUGUACCUGAAGGAGAAGAUCACGUAUUACGAAGUUCUGCCCCGGCUGGAGCUCAUGAUGCAGUGCAAACGGCGAUUCGGGCCAAAACUUUACCAGUGCAUAAAACAACCUGAGAACACACUUGUCUUCGAAGAUCUGGGCCAGCUGGGCUUUGUGAUGGCCUCCCGAGAGGAAGGCUUGAACGAGGAUCACUGCCAACUGGUCAUGGAGCACUUGGCGGAGUUUCACGCCACUUCAAUGGCCCUGGCGGUUCUGGAUCCCCACAUCUUCGAUACCUAUACCGAUGGCAUGCUAUCGCCGCGAGGACUUGAAAAAGACAGUUUUCUGAUGCAGUUCUUCUCGGGCAAUGGCAAGGAGUUGCACAGACUGGUGAACUCGUGGCCUGGUUUUGAACGGAUCGCCGGAAAGAUCGGCAAGUACAUGGAGAACCACCGGGCUAAUUUGGUACGUAGUCAGGCGCCGUUGGAGAAGGAGAUCAAGGUACUGAACCACGGUGACCUGUGGGUCAACAAUAUGCUGUUUAAGUACGACGCAGCAAAGCGUCCGCAGGACCUCAUCCUCAUCGACUUUCAGCUGAGCGUGUGGGGCAGUCCGGGCAUUGACCUGAACUAUUUCUUCUACACCAGCCUCUCCCUGGAGGUACUGCGUCAUAGGCGACCCCAUCUGCUGCGCUGCUACCACGAUCGACUGGCCAAGACACUGCUCGAUCUUGAUUUGGGCGUCCCAGUACCCAGCUACGACCAGAUCCUGGAGGAGGUUCACCGCCGCGAGGCCUACGGCUUCUUCGCCAGCUAUGGCAUCUUCCCCACUAUCAGCCAGGAUAAGACCCAGACCGCCGACAACAAUCUGGAGAGCUUCAAGGACGCCGACUUCGCCAAGCAAAAGUUUCGUCAGAUGUUCGAGUCACGCCGACUGGCGGAGACCCUCCGCUAUUCGCUACCGCACUUUGAACGCGCCGGCGUCUUGGAUUGAGUAAUUACUCGUUUGCCACGUUCAACACGCAUGCUAUUUGCAAUAUAAGUACAAUUAUCUUCAAUUAAACAACUGGCUAUUAUAAGGUUAUUAAGCUCUUGUAAAAUUCCAUAGUUUAGGAUUAAAGUUGUUCAAAA